CCGCCCUUACAUAGGAUGGCGCCUCGUGGUCUGCGCAUGCUCCUCGACGACCUGACGCCGCGCACCGCGACUCGGGGUCGCGCACGUAAGUCGCUGCCGUUGGCUGACUUCCGGUGGUGCCGACACCGAGUUUCCGCGGGAUCAGGCCGGCUGGAUGGAACCAAAGUAGGACUUUAAAAAUGUUGCCCGGUAAGAAGAGAAGGACUACGGCGACUGAAUCCCCACAUCACCAGGGCAACCAGGAGGAAGGUGACGUAGCCCCAGAGUCAGCCGUGAAACCAGAAUCGGACCAGGUGGAAGACUUGGGGUCCGUGUCUCUGUCCUGGGGUCCAAGUCACGGCAGAGCAGCUGGCCUUGAAGUCCAGUCUGUGCCGGCAGGACAUCAGCUGGGUGUGGAGGGUCUGUCUUUGAGUUCUAGGGGACUCAGCCAGGACACAGGUGCACCCGUUCCGGAAGCUGUUGAUGCGGCCACCUCUAAGGGACUCACUGUCCCAUCCUCGGAGUCUUCCCAGCCCCUUACUACACACAUGGGGAAAGAAAACCUCCACGCCACUGGCUCAAGGAGAGGGAAGAAAAUGACACUCCGGCCCAAGGCAGUUACCCAAGAAGACAGAGGUGAUCGUCCUAUGGCGAAGGAGCCUUUUGCAGGAGAAGCCAGUGAGGAAGUGAAGGAGGAAGGAGGACAACCUCAGCUGCGUCCUGGAGAGGAGAUGCCGUCACUGCCGUCAGGCAGCCACGCUGCCAGCCCAGGAGCCCAGCCUCGGAAACCAGCGUGGCCAGAUGUCGGUGUCUGCCCUGAAGGAAAGCCCCUCGGGGCUGCGGCUCACCCAGCUGAGGAGGACGCAGAGGAUGACGGACUCUUUAUUCCAACGGAGGAGCAAGACAAUGAAGAAAGUGAGAAACGGCAGAAGAAGAAGAAGGGGACCAAGAGGAAGCGAGAUGGGAGGGGUCAGGAAGAAGGGGCGUGUGACCUGAAGCUGGACGACGUGCUGGACCGUACCCUGGAGGACGGCGCGAAGCAGCACAACCUGACGGCCGUCAACGUGCGGAACAUCCUCCACGAAGUAAUCACAAAUGAACACGUGGUAGCGAUGAUGAAAGCAGCCAUCAGUGAGACGGAAGAUAUGCCGAUGUUUGAGCCCAAAAUGACACGCUCUAAACUUAAGGAAGUGGUGGAAAAAGGAGUGGUAAUUCCGACAUGGAAUAUUUCACCAAUUAAGAAGGCCAAUGAAAUUAAGCCUCCUCAGUUCGUGGAUAUCCACCUUGAAGAAGAUGAUUCGUCAGAUGAAGAGUACCAACCCGACGAUGACGACGAGGACGAGACCGCCGAGGAGAGUUUGUUGGAAAGUGAUGUUGAAAGCACUGCGUCAUCUCCACGUGGGGCGAAGAAAUCCAGACUGAGGCAGUCUUCUGAGAUGACCGAAACAGAUGAGGAGAGCGGCAUGUUAUCAGAGGCUGAGAAAGUCACCACACCUGCCGUCAGGCACAUCAGUGCUGAGGUAGUGCCCAUGGGGCCCCCGCCCCCCCCAAAGCCCAAGCAGACCAGGGACAGUGCGUUCAUGGAGAAGUUGCACGCCGUGGAUGAGGAGUUGGCUUCCAGUCCGGUCUGCAUGGAUUCUUUCCAGCCCAUGGAUGACAGCCUCAUUGCAUUCCGAACCCGCUCGAAGAUGCCCCUGAAAGAUGUUCCCCUGGGGCAACUGGAGGCAGAGCUCCAGGCUCCAGACAUCACCCCAGACAUGUACGACCCCAAUACAGCAGAUGACGAGGACUGGAAGACGUGGCUCGGGGGGCUCAUGAAUGGCGACGUGGGGGACGAAGAUGAGGCAGAUGAUGACGACGAUCCAGAAUAUAAUUUCCUGGAAGACCGUGAUGAGCCAGAUACGGAGGAUUUCCGCACCGACCGGGCCGUGAGAAUCACCAAAAAGGAAGUGAAUGGGCUGAUGGAAGAGCUGUUUGAAACUUUCCAGGAUGAGAUGGGAUUCCCCAGCAUGGAAGAUGACGGCCCCGAGGAGGAGGAACGUGUGGCUGAGCCCCGGCCUAACUUUAACACGCCUCAAGCCCUACGGUUUGAGGAACCGCUGGCUAACUUGCUGAAUGAGCAGCACCGCACGAUGAAGGAGCUCCUUGAGCAGCUGAAGAUGAGGAAGUCUUCGGCCCGACAGCAGCAGGAGGCGGAGAGGGUUAAGCCGCAGGCUGAGAAGGUGCAGCAGACGCUGAUCCUAGACCCCACACAGCGCCAGAGGCUGCAGCACCAGAUGCAGCAGCACGUUCAGCUCUUGACGCAAAUUCACCUUCUGUCCACCUCCAACCCCAGUCUCAGCUCGGAGGCCAGCACCGCCAGGAUAUUUCUGGAAGAGCUGGGAACCUUCGCUCAAAGCUCCAUCGCCCUUCAUCAGCAGUUCAACCCCAAGUUUCAGACCUUGUUCCAACCCUGUAACCUGGUAGGGGCCAUGCAGCUCAUUGAAGACUUCAGCACACACGUCAGCAUCGACUGGAGUCCUCGGAAAAGUGUCAAGACUGCCUGUAAAUUUCCCUGUUUGCCAAAGCAAGUAGCUUGGAUCCUGGCCACAAGCAAGGUUUUCAUGUACCCGGAGCUCCUCCCAGUGUGUUCUCUGAAGGCAAAGAACCCCCAAGAUAAGAACUCAUUCACCAAGGCGGAGGACAAUCUGUUAGUUUUAGGACUGAAGCACUUUGAGGGGACCGAGUUUCCUAAGCCCCUCAUCAGCAAGUACCUUCUGACGUGCAAGACUGCCUGCCAGCUGACGGUCAGAAUCAAGAACCGAAGCAUGAACAGAGCUCCUGACAAUAUUUUCAAGUUUUACAAGAAGACCAAACAGCUGCCCACCUUAGGGAAGUGCUGUGAAGAGAUCCAGCCCCAUCAGUGGAAACCGCCUGUCGAGCGGGAAGAGCACCGGCUGCCGUUCUGGUUAAAGGCCAGUCUGCCGUCCAUCCGGGAGGAGAUGCAGCGUAUAGCUGAUGGUGCCAGAGCGGGAGGAAAUGGCACUGCGGCCACUGAGAUCAAGCCGGACCCAGACCUGGGGAAAAGCAGCUCCGACCCGGGGGCUGAGAGCCGGUACCCACUGCUGCUGCCCAAGGGUGUAGUUCUGACCCUGAAGCCAGCUGCUAACUGCUUUUCCAGGAAGGGCUGGAGACAGAAGCGCUCAUCCACCCUGAAGCCCCUCCUAAUCAGACCCAGCCCCUCUCUGCAGCCCAGCUCCAGCUCUGGGAAGACCCCAGCCAGGUCAGCUCAGUCAGAAGCCCCUCCGAGCAAAAUGCUGCUCCGCCUGCCUCACAGCCUGCAGCCAGCCACUGUUUUACAGACCGUGUCAGGCGUCCCUCCCCUGAGGGUCCCCGGGGGCGAUACUUUCGAAUCCCCCACAGCACUGCCCACUGUGCCCCCUGACGUCAGGACCAGCUACCCUCUGUCCGAGCCUCAGACCCUGCUCUCCUCGGCUCCUGUACCCAAGGUGAUGCUGCCUUCACUUGCCCCUUCGAAGUUUCGAAAGCCCUACGUGAAACGGAGAGGCCCCAAGAGAAAGGGGGCCAAGGCCUCCGUCUGCCUGAAGUCUGUCCCCCUCAUCAACUCGGCCCCUGUUAUCUUCACUGUCCCCGCCGCCACCGUGAAGGUCGUGAGUCUUGGCAGUGGCUGCAACGUGAUCCAGCCUGUCAGUGCUGCUGUGGCCCCCAGUUCGCAGACGAUUCCCAUCACCACACUCCUGGUUAACCCGACCUCCUUCCCCUGCCCACUGAGCCAGCCCCUGGUGGCCUCCUCCAUGCCCCCCUUAAUUGUUUCUGGCAACUCUAUGAAGCUUCCUGUGCAGCCCAGCCCUGAGGAAAAGGCCCCGGUGAACGGGGACAUUGGCUGUCCUUUGGACGAAGGGAAAAAUGCCUUCCAGGGCCUGGUACCCAAGUUAGAAGCCCAGGACCUGUCUCCUCUCUGUGCUGCCGUCUUCCCCACGAGGGAGCACAGCCCAGGGCCUGCGCCUGCAGAUGGACUGUGCCGGGAGGACUCGCCGGAGAACAGUGCGUAUGUCUGGACUGUUGUGAAAACAGAGGAGGGGAGGCAUGUCGUGGAGCCUCUGGCUCAGGGCUUCCCGGAAUCUCUCAGCGCUCUUCCUGGGGACUUGGACAAAGUGGUCAAGAUGGAACCUAAAGACCAUGGGCAGGAAGUGUGCAGUGCUCCCCCGGAGCCGGCCUUUUGUGAGGACAUCAAGGAAGAGUGCUCUGGGGAGCCGGACGCCGGCUGUCCACAUGAGGAGGCCGGCGCUGCCAAGGAUGUGAGGACACAGCCGGUCCCCACAAAGGAGGAGAGGAGUCCACCCGCUAAAACCCCUGCAGCCUCGCAGGAGCCUCCUGACGGAGCAAACUCAGGGAAUGGGAGCAGAGAGUCUGCGAAGAAUGCUGCAGCCUCCACUGAGCCUGAAACGGCACUGAGCAGCCCCCCAAGGAAGCCCGAAGACUCGCCCAGCAUUGAUGGGCGCUCAGCGGGGACCCCAGCGGGACCAGAGGAGGAGGAAGAAGAGGACUUUGACGACCUUACGCAAGACGAGGAGGAUGAGAUGUCCUCCGCUUCUGAGGAGUCCGUGCUCUCUGUCCCGGAGCUGCAGGAAACGAUGGAAAAACUCACUUGGCUCGCGUCUGAAAGGCGCCUGAGUCAGGAGGGUGAGUCUGAGGAAGAGAAUUCACAGGAAGAGAACUCGGAGCCCGAAGAAGAAGAGGAAGAAGAAGCAGAAGGAAUGGAAAGCCUGCAGAAAGAGGAUGAAGUGGCCGAUGAAGCCGGCGGAGACCCUGCCGAGAAACCUCCUACCACCUUUGCCUCUCCCAAGAUUGCUCCAGAAGUGGGGACCAGCAGGACCCCACCAGGAGAGAACAGCAAGGCUGCCGGCAAGGGCCGCAGCGGCCAUCGAGCUCGCAGCAAGCGGGGCAGUCGGGCCCGGGCCAGCAAGGACACGUCCAAGCUGCUGUUGCUGUAUGACGAGAACAUUCUCGAGCGGGACCCACUCAGGGAGCAGAAGGAUUUGGCCUUUGCUCAGGCUUACCUGACCAGGGUACGAGAAGCCCUGCAGCACGUCCCUGGCAAGUAUGAGGACUUCCUCCAGGUCAUCUAUGAAUUUGAGUCAGGUUCCCAGCGGCGCACAGCUGUGGAUCUCUACAGAAGCCUGCAGGCUCUGCUCCAGGACUGGCCCCAGCUGCUAAAGGACUUUGCCGCGUUCCUGCUGCCAGAGCAGGCCCUGGCCUGCGGGCUGUUUGAGGAGCAGCAGGCUUUUGAGAAGAGUCGCAAGUUUCUUCGGCAGCUGGAAAUUUGCUUUGCGGAGAACCCAUCGCAGCACCAGAGGAUUAUCAAGGUCCUGCAGAGCUGUGCGGACUGUCCGCCCCAGGAGGUCACGGAGCUCAAGACACAGAUGUGGCAUCUGCUCAAGGGCCACCACCACCUCCAGGAUGAGUUCUCCAUCUUCUUUGACCACCUGCGCCCGGCAGCUAGCCGGAUGGGUGACUUUGAAGAGAUCAACUGGACAGAGGAGAAGGAGUAUGAGUUUGAUGGCUUUGAGGAAGUGGCACUGCCUGAUGUGGAAGAGGAAGAAGAGCCUCCCAAGAUACCCACAGCAUCAAAGAGCAAAAGGAGAAAGGAGACUGGGGCCCCAACUCACGAUAAGGAGGCUGAGUGGCCAGAUGGGGUCAAAGACUGCGUUUGUCCCUGCCACGAAGGCGGUCCUGACUCCAGGCUGAAGAAGAACAAACGCAGAAAUUGUAGUCACUGCAGCGGCAAGGUUUGUGACAGCAAGUCCUACAAGAGCAAGGAGCCUCCAGAGUUGGUGGGCGGCAGCCCCCCCCGAGAGACAAGUCCUGUGCCUGCUGCUAAGGAACCUGGACAGGGCAAGGACGGGACGGAGGAGGACGGCCCAGAGGAGCGGGGGGGCACUGAGGCCCCCCCGAGCAGGGCUGGCAGGAGUGCCCGCAAGGGAGAGAUGCCUGUGCCAGGACCGGCAGUGGGGAGCAGUUCGCUGUCCCCUCAAGAAGUGAUGCCUUCAGACCAGCAGUUCCUCCUGGAUGGCCCACCGGCCCGCUCACCGGAGCCGCGUCAGCUUCCCUCCAGCACUGGAGCUGUGCCAGCCAGCGUGGGGAGAAGCCAGGCUGGACCUGAGGCGUCCCCCAGGCUUCUGCACGAGGGGGGCGGCCAGAAGGCUGCUGGGGAGUCGGAGGCUUCCGUCCUGGUCUGGGAUGCCUCAGAAACUGAGAAACGGCCUGGAACUGGCGACCCCCCUGCUUCCUUCCCGAGUCCUGCUUCCUCGAGGACCAGAGACUUAGGGAGAAGACAGGUGCCUGGGAAACCAGACGCUCACGGGAGCUGGCUCCCUUCAGGCAGAGCCGGGGUGAAGACGUCAGACAAGAAGGCCCUUGUCCAUGAGUCUUCCUCAGGAAUCGACACCUCAGCGACUUCUCCCUCAGCCCCUAGAGGCGGUUUGGCUAAAGACAGUGGAAUGCAGGGCAGGGGCCCAGAGGGGGAGCCGCCGCCAAAGGCCACGGAAGUCACAGUAUGUGCCAACAACAGCAAGGUCAGCUCCACUGGGGAAAAGGUGGUCCUGUGGACAAGGGAAGCCGACCGCGUGAUUCUUACCGUGUGCCAGGAGCAAGGAGCGCAGCCGCACACAUUCCGCGUCAUCUCCCAGCAGCUCGGAAACAAGACCCCCACCGAGGUGUCCCACCGCUUCCGAGAACUCAUGCAGCUUUUCCACACCGCGUGCGAGGCCAGCUCUGAGGACGAGGACGACGCGGCCAGCACCAGCAAUGCUGACCAGCUGUCUGAUCGUGGGGACCUUCUGUCUGAGGAGGAGCUGGAUGAGUGA